AUGAACGUACCGAAUAUCCCGCCAAUUCUGCCAGCAGCGCUCAAUCUGCUGGGGCACAACCCGUUCAUGACACCAGAGCAGGCAGAGGAGAUUCGGCAACUCCUGCACAAUGAAGAACACGUCCUUGCGAGUCUCAACGCUGAGAUCAACGAAGCCACGGCUCUGCUCGAGAAGAUCACACGAGACAGAGAUGCAUUGCAGGAAAUCAUAGUGGGAAAAUCUGGGCCACAUAUGGCUGCUCUACGUGCAGGAAUCGAGGAGAAAGAGGCGGAGAUGAGGCGAGUGCAGAAGGAGAGCCAAGCGGUGAAGGCGAGCUGGGAUCGGAUGUGUCGCGAACGGGGAACGGUUGCAGAGUCCGACCCCGACCUUCUUGAGCACCUUGAUUUCGAGAUCGAGCUCUGCAGACAGACGGUGCAGAGGCUGGAGAAGGAGGAAAACGGUAUUCAGGCCUCUCUGGAUACACAACGCGACGCUCUGUCGCCUAUUCGUCGUCUUCCAGUCGAGGUUCUGUCGGAAAUAUUCAAACUCUGCCUUCCAAAUUCUUAUGUCGUCCCAAAAUUGAAGAGCGCACCGUUGCUUUUGGUCCAGGUCUGCAGUAGCUGGCGGCGACUCGCACUUUCGAUCCCCCAGCUCUGGAGUUCUAUCGCCGUCGAGGUUACCGUUCAGCGGUGCCGACCGCCCUUGCCUCUUAUCGAGCUCUGGCUGCAGAGGUCGAUGAGCCAGCCGCUAUCCUUUUCCAUCACAGAAUUGGAGCAGGAGGAUGCCAGGGAGAUUGAAGACCCUGUCACCGCUGCCUCCGUUCUCAAGUCCUUCGUCCCUGCUCAUCAUCGCUGGGCAAGUGUCAAGCUAGAGUAUCAUGAUUGGCGUUGGCCGUCUGGUCUUGAGCAGCUGCCUCAAGAUGCAUUACUAGAUUCACUGGAGAAGCUGGAUCUGCAGCGCGAGUAUUGGUUCAAGGACGAUACUCCCGACUUGAAGCGGAUCCUCCAAGCUUCUCGUCUUCACGAUCUUACUUGGCAUAGUCGCAGUCCACCUUCCGACUACCUUCAAACAGUCAAUACAUUACAGCUAACGCAUUUAGAUCUAGUCCGUCCUGUUUCAAAGGACGUGUUUCUCGAUGUCCUGAGUGGAUGCCGUGCCAUCGAGUCCUGUACCUUCUUCGUCCAACUGGUCGGCAGAAUACCUGACGACUUCGCCGACCACGCAGUGGACAAAUCUCUUAUAGUUCUGCCGCACCUUCACACCUUUGAACUCACCGUCGACAUGGCACUGACUACGCUAUUGUCUCGAUUAGUCUUUCCUUCGUUGGCCACCCUCCAGAUCAACAGAUUGGACGAGUUUUUCCUCAUUAACCCAGCGAAUGCACCACAUUUCUGGGAUCAAGAGGAAGUGAAUGCAUUUCUUGUGCGCUCACAGUGCCGGCUACGGACGCUUGAUGUCAGGGACGUGGAAAUAUCUUCGGAGGAGCUGCUUGAUGUGCUCAAGUUCACUAGUCCUUCGCUGCAGCAGCUGAACAUCACGAACGAAAGGGCAAAGGAUAAUUGCGUAACGGAUGAUGUUGUCCGGGCGCUCACUGCAUCCUCGUCAUCCAGUGACCCCGCUUUCCUGUGUCCUCAGCUUGAUUAUCUCAAGUUGUGGAGGUGUGUGUCGUCAACGGACGGAUUGCUGGCAGAUAUGGUGCAGUCCCGCUGGUUGCCUCAAGAGGAAGACAUGGCGAAGAGAAUGAGGCUGGUCAUUAUCCUGUUACGAGACGAGGAGCGUCAUGCGAUAGAUGUAGGACGCCUGAAAGAGUUUCACAGGCGUAGGCCAGGCAUUACACUGGUUCGGAGAUGA